AUGUCUUCCAAUAACGGAGGUCAAGAAAGGACCUCGGUGCAAGUUGCUCUCCGAAUAAGGCCGAUAGACUCCAAAGAAAAACAAUCAAGAUUUCAACGUCAGGUCAUUACAACAUCCCCGUGCACUCCAAAUCAAGUGAUCGCGCAAGGGGAAAAAAAGCAAACGUUUAACUUUGACUAUGUGUUCGGUCCUGAGGCUGAACAGAAGGAGGUCUAUCAGAGUGCCGUCGAGAAAUUGGUUGAUCAAUUUCUGGAAGGAUACAAUGUAACAAUUUUAGCCUAUGGUCAAACUUCAUCCGGAAAAACUCACACCAUGGGCACCUCGCACAACUCUUCAAUAUCACCGGAACAAAAGGGCAUAAUCCCUCGUGCAAUGUCCACAUUAUUUUCCGCCAUGAACUCACCACGAUUCAGGUCGCGAAAGUUUUCUAUCAAGGUUUCGUUCAUCGAGAUAUAUAACGAGGAGUUGAUCGAUCUGCUGGCUGAUUACUCGUCAAGAGCGGAUGACGGUUGUAGGCCGCAAGUUACCAUCAGGGAAGAUUCGAAAGGGAACAUACUUUGGAGCGGUUUGCAAGAGAUUCGAGUUAAUGGGGUCGAUGAACUAAUGAGUCUUCUCGCCCGCGGAUCGUUAAACCGUCAAGUCGGGGCAACGGAUAUGAACGAACAGUCCUCUCGUUCGCACGCAAUUUUCUCUGUGACGAUGUCACAACAGAAAUUCGGUGGCUCUCCAAAUUCGACUCCAAAUUCACCAAUCAGUCCGAGCUUCUCGGGUAGUGGGCCAGAUAGCAGACCGUCUACACCUUCGAGAAUAAUUAGAUCAGCGAGUGUAAGAACGAGCAGGAAAUUUGAAGAGGGGGAGGGAGUUUCGAUCACCAGUAAAUUUCAUUUUGUGGAUUUGGCUGGCAGCGAAAGGUUAAAGCGUACAUCGGCGAUCGGUGAACGUGUCAAGGAAGGUAUCUCAAUCAACGCCGGUCUUCUCGCGCUCGGAAACGUGAUCUCGGCGCUGGGCGACCCCACGAAGGCUAAACAUACCACCCACAUCCCAUACCGAGAUUCCAAACUCACCCGUCUCCUUCAAGAUUCGUUGGGUGGAAACGCGCAAACUCUUAUGAUCGCGUGUGUGUCACCCGCGGAAUCCAACCUCAACGAGACCGUCAACACGCUAAAGUAUGCUAACCGGGCGAGAAAUAUAAAAAACACGGUGACCGUGAAUAGCGAGGAGAUAGGGUGGAAUGACUUGGAGCAUUUGCAGAUGUUGGUGUUGAAGUUGAGAUCGGAGAUUAGGGCGUUGAGGAACAACGGAAUUAAUGAAACUGGCAACGGUGCGAGUCCUACCGCUAGUAAUAGCGGAAGUGGAAGAAGCACCCCAGUUUACAUGUAUGGGGGACCUGGCUAUAGCCCUCAAAAGAGGUUUUCGAACUCUUCGCUCAACGUCGUCACGAAUGCUAAUGGUGACACCACCACUUACACCGCAAAUUCGCCUGCAUCUGCGUCACAAAAUCAAGCUGACAAGGCGGUCGAAAUUCUGGAAGAGCAAUUAUUGGAGUUGCGAAGGUCGUAUUCCGAACUUUCGCAAAAAUACGCGAAAACCACAGCCGAACUUGCCAUACAUCAGGAAAACACUGAUGGCGCUUCGGGCAUUAAACCUCGUGAUUCCUACUCACCGUCAAAGUCUUUUCACCCGCGAAAUCCUUCUGAUGAGUCCGUGCGCAGUCAAUGCUCAUCCACUCAAUUGGAAUCCAUCACGGAGGAAGAGGAACAUGCCAAAGGUCAAAACUUUCUUCUUUUAUCGGAGGAAUUCCAAAAGGCUGUUGAACCGGUGAUAGAAGAAUACGAGAAGUCCAUAUCAAACCUCGAAUCGCAACUCGCCCUGAACCGCGCCGCGAUCUACCACACCGAGACUUUGAUGCAGGAACAAGAGCUCAAACUCGAAUAUGCUGAGAAAAUCAAUGAGCAGAAUGUCUCCCUGAUCAAUGAUCUCCGUAACAAGAUCUCGGAAUAUUGUGACAAAGAUUCUGUCUCGGAAGCGUACAUCCGUGAACUCGAGAUGAGGCUGGAAAAGUAUGUUGAGGAACAGGAACGAGACCGGGAAAUGAUAAAGGAGUUGAGGGCCAAGAUCAUGCAGAUGAAAGCCAGUGAGGAGAACAACAAGGAGUACAUUCAGGAUAUAGAGAAUCGGCUGGAAGUUAGCGAACAAAAAGCAGAAAGAUUCGGGAAAGUGAUACAGAGAUUAGAGGAGAGGUUGGUUCAACGUGAAUCGGAGUUCGCCGAAUUAGAAACGAGGGUGAGGUUGUCUGUUGAGGAGGAACGACGAUUAAGUGACGAAGUCUUGAGUCGAGAUGCUAGAAUUAUGGAUUUGGAAAGGAAAGUUGACGAAUUUGUUAGUGAAUUGGAAUCGCUAAGAAUAAUUCAAGAACAAGCGAGCGCCACCGAGGAUGAGGAGUUGCUACGAGAAUCGUUGUUAGCGUCACUUCCAGGCUCUUCCCCGGACGAUUCGAUUUCUCUCCGAUCAAUGGUACCCAAUUCUUCGACGAUCAGCAAACAAGAGAACCUGUCGGUAAUCACCCUUGAAUCAAAACUACUAAAUCUGCAAGAGAAUCAUGUGAAAACCGUGAGCGAAUUAUCUGAAAUAAAAAUGAAAUAUGAGGAGUGUUUGCGUGAAAUUCACGAAUUACAAACCCAACUCAUCGAGGCUCGUCUUUAUAAUUCCGAAUUAUUCGAUGACAAUACCUCCUCCGCACCCACGACCCCGUUGACGCCGAUGUCUCCAACGGUCCCUCAAUAUAAACCGAGACUACACAGUAAUGCCAAUAUAACCUCUCUUAGGAUGUCAUUCCCUCUGGUGCCUAAGUCUAGUGAGAACACGGGUUCCCAACCAACUUCAAGCAAAAAUCUCGCAAUGACCUCGUUGAAAAGACUCUCCCAUCGACGCACAAAGUCUUUGACGCCUGAGAUUCGUGAUAAGGAAAAACGCGACUCGGUGCACAUGGCAAUCGUUCAGACGCUACAAAAAGAAUUGAAGCAACUGGAGUUGAUUAAUGAGGAAAAAUCACAAGGAUUGGAUGAGAUCAAAAAAGAGUUUGCGAGGUUAGAAUGCAAUCAUCGUGAAACUCUGGAAAUUGUUGAGGAAUUGAGGGAAGAGAUAAAGAGACGUGAUGCUCUCGCACAGAUGGAGAUAAUGUCUGUGAUCACCGCGGACUACACUGACCGAGGAUUUUCUGUGACCGCCAGCGAAUUAGAUGAGCACGAGAUCAUAUUGAGGUUAAGAGAGGAGUUGGAGCACUUGAGAGAAGAGCAAAGAAGAAUCUCGGAGAUCAUUGAGCAGAAGUUGGGGGGAAAUAAGAAAUCUGACGUUAUCGAAAAGGUUGAUGCAGAGUUAAGAGACAUAAUAGAACAACUAAAAAACGUCGAGGCCUCAUCCGAAAGAUUGGAUGGCGAUGAAGAAAAGCUCGGAGAAUUACAAGUUAAAAAGCGUGAAUUAGAGAGGAAACUCGAAAAAGUGAAUGAAGAGCAUCAAACUGAGGAAUAUGAAAGUGUCCCUUCGAAUGAGAAAUCCGACGAGUGUGAUGAUGAAAUGCAAAAUCUUAGGUUACAAGCUGAAAAGUUGCAAGCGGAAAUUGAAACCAAAAGCCACACUCUCGCCACACUAUUGCUCCCUUCCGUCGAACAUCAAGAUACAAUAAGAAGACUCGAAGAUGAGUUACAAGAGGCUCGACAAGCCUAUCGGCUCGCAAUUGAAGAAAAGAUCAAUAAGCUGACUUCGUCCCUCGAGGUUGACUCAACGAAGGAAGAAUUGCCAGGCAGCCUCAAUGUCAGCAGGAGUCCGUCGGCCGCAUCAAUGAGAGUUGUAGACUCGCGUGUUGAACACGAAGGUAAAGUGAAGUUAUUGGAAGAAAGGGUGAAGAAUCUUGAGCUUCAGUUGCUGGAAGCGAGGGAGAAACAGAAAAAUGCGAUUCCAUCGGGUCCGUUGGUCGAUCCCGCGCAGAGAACCAUUGAAGUGCUCGAAGAGAAUUUAUCGGCGCUCCAGAAAGAGUUAUUGGCCAAGACCGAGAUCAUUGAAAAUCUGAGGAAUGAAUCGGAAUUGGUUGCCGAAUUACAAACAGAGAUAGAGUCUUUAAAGUCUGACAUAAAAAGGAAAGAAGAAACCAUCGAGACCUUGAGGAGAGAUCUGGUGGAAAAGGGUAACACGCAACAAAAGAUUAGGGAAAAAGAAGCCGAGGCUGUUGCACUGAAGGCUCAACUUUCGGAGUUAAAGAAGCGUGAUGAAGAGAUGGAAAGGCAAGUCCGUGAGCUUCGGAAAGAACUGGAGGAUCUGGAAACCGUUAAAAAUGCGAACGAGGAACUUCAAUCAGAAUUAGAGGACGUGAAGCAGCAACUUAAGAUUGCCACGGACAAGGAAACUUUUGCGUUGGAACGGUUGAAAAUACUGGACGCAGAUGAGAUCAAAUUGCAACAGGAAAUACGAAGGCUGAGCGAUGUCGAGGUCGCAAAUAAUGAAAGAAUAAACGAGUUAGAAACUCGUUUGGUGCAACAAGACGAACUCGGAAGGGAAUUUUCCAAUCUGCAGAACGAAUUGGUUUUGGUCAAAGAGUCGAGGAAUUUGCAGGAAAAAAAGAUCGCGGAACUUGAAUCGCAACUUGAGAUUUCACAACGCGAACGUGAGGCCUUGGAAAACACGAUCAAUGAAUUCAAGUUGAGGACAUUGGAACAGCGUCAGCAAAUUCAGCUCGCGGAAGUGCAAUUGAGCAGUGAUUCGAACAAUAACAUAAAAAAGAUCGAAGAGUUGACCAUUGAGAUCGAGGGAUUACGUCAACAAGAAUCCGAGCGAUGUAAGAAAAUCGAAAAGCUUGAAGGGCAAUUGGCGGAGAUUCAACAAAAAGAAAUUUCCGCGAAUAUUUCAAUCAAAGAAGAACUGUCGACUUUAGAAAAUGCAAAACUGGAACUUGUAAAAAAUGUUGAAGAAUUAGAGAAAAAGCUCUCGGAGGCUGAAAAAGAAUUUGAAAAUUCCGAGAUUAUUCGGGAGGAGCUUAAAUCAUUAAGGGAACUGGAAUCGGAACAAAAGAGGACCAUUGAUCAGUUGAAAACCCAUCUCGAAGAAACGAUCAGAGAAAAAGAACUGGUGCUUGAAGAAGUGGAGAUUUUGCGAAAAGAUUUUGGAUCACAAAAAGGACUUGUCACCACACUCGAAGGAGAAUUGAAUUUGGUUAAGGAAGAGCUGAACAAGUCAAGGGAAGAAAAUCAAGAAUCAGAGAAGAAAAUAGAAGAUUUAUCGAAAGUGAUGAAGGAAACUUUGAGACAGCGCGAAGUAGAGGAAUGCAAAACUAAAGCCUUGGAGAGUCAAGUUCUAGAGUUGAGCGCGACGAAUAAGUCACGUGAAACGAGUAUGUCCAAGCUCCAGCGUGAGUUGUCGGAUGCCAAGGAUCACAAGGAAGCCCAAAAUGAACUUUUGUCAAAACUUAACGGUCAGAUGGUCGCUCUGGAGAGGGAAAGAGACGAACAACUUGAACGCGAGAGGGAAUUGACCAACACGAUUGAAACCAAAGAGAUUGAGCAAAGAGAAGCCAUCGAAUCCUUCGAAUCGAUCAUUGAUAACCUCAGGAAUCAGCUUAAAGAAGCCAAAAAUUCUUCUCGAAUGGACACGGAGGCUAUAGCUGAUCUCGGAAGUAAACUUGCGACGGUCGGAUCUCAAUUAGAGGAAGCGAGAUCAUUGGAGGAAUUGCGAUCUCAGGUAGUGAUUGAACUUGAAGUUAAACUGAAAGAGACCAACGCUGCUAUAGUUGAAAAGGAGGAAUUGCUUAUGUCCAAGGAUGCUCUCCUUAAAGAAUUACAAGCGAACGCAGAAAAGGCGAAGAUCCAACUUGACAAUGCUAAAAUUUCAGAAGCAAUGGAGUCCGAUCGCGCAAAGAAACUUGAGGUACAGCUCUACGGAAUUCAAUCACGGCUACAUGAUCUUUCACCUUCAGAAUACGAAGAAGUCAAACCAACCAAGUUUGUGAUGGAAGUUGAACUCAAGUUAGUAACCUCGGACAACAUCGAGGAAUUAAAAUCGGCGCUCGUCGAGAUAAAGGCCGAACUUGAAAAGGCUAGGGCAGCCGAGGCCGAACAAGCCGAAAUUAUUAAAACUUUGGAGCUGCAACUUCAAGAAGCGGACAGGUGCCGGGACGAGGAAAUCUCCAAGGUGAAAUCCGCCACGGUUGAAGUCGAAAGGCUCAAGGUACAAUGUAGGAGCUUGCAGCUCGAGCUUGACGAUGCUCACAAGGAUUCCUUGAUUGCAGGUUUUCAAAAAGUUGAUGUUUCCAUAGUCAAAGAUCUCUCGAAGCAACUGAAGAAAGCAAACAGGGAAGCUGAGAGUCAACGUGAUCGCGUUGAUGAGUUGGAGAAAAUUGUUAAGCAACUUGAAUUUGAGAAAGAAGACAAGGAAAAGCAAAAUGAAAAUCUUCAGCAGCAAAUUGAACAGCUAAAUAUAAAAUUGAAAUUAGCGACCCAAGAACCUCCCGAGUUCGCCGACACUGACGUGAUAUCGUCAAUUUGUUCUCCGACAAAUGAAUCUGUCAGCAGUCUUGCCCUCUCGAAGCUAUCGACGGCGAACGAGAGUUUGCGUAAAACAAACGAAAAUCUGAAUCUCAAGAUUCUUCAAGCUCAGUCCCGGAUGACCGCUUUGACGCAAAGGAUAAUGAGUUUAGAACUUGAUCUCAAGAAUCUCCAACUCAUUGGCAAGGACGACCUCGCUGGAGAUUCGGUUUUGCAAUUUAAGAACAAGAUUGCGAAUCUCGAGGCUGAGAAAGAAGGAUUAACGCAAGCCAACGCAAUGUUCUCCGAGGAACGCAAGAAGCUUGAUCAAAAAAUAGAAUCAUUACUGGAGCAAAUUACACUAUCAGGCAAAGAAGGGAAUGAAACGGCUGCGCAAUUUUCCGAACUCAAUGAGAAAAUUAUUGAACUCGAGAAAGAGAUUUCUGACCUAAAGCAAAGGACCGUGACGGAAAGUCAAGAGAUGGAAAGAGAGAUCGCGAGAUUAUUGGAGGUUAACAAGAAACUUGAAGAGGAAAAGGGGCAGGCUAAAGAGGAAUUCAUCAAAGGUUCAACUUCGGAAAUCGGACCAACGCGUGCCCAAAGCUUGGAUAACUCAAUGUACUCGAAAUUCUUGUGUCAAGAGAGCACCAUAAUUCAACAAAACAAUCUCAUCAAGGCUCUUCAGGAAAAGAUCAUCGAACUUGAGCUUCGCGAUGAGGACGAUUCCAUAAAUGAAUCGAGCGGCGGUAUGUCUGUUACGGACCUUGACGCGGUUGGUGGUUUCCGCGCGUCGGAGACGACCAAGAAGAAACGACCUGGAGUUUCUGCAAUAACGAAUUUACCGGUGACCCCUCCAUCCACACCACCACCAAGUCUACCUUUACCCUCACUGCCGGCUUCAAUAGGUUCAAUAGGUUCCAACUCUUGUUCGCGGUCCUCAACGCCUGGAUGCGUUUCGCCACCCCCGCGAAGCAAUUCUGCAUCAAGACCUGGUUCAAGGACGGGCUUCGUAGAUCUUGCUAAUGCGUCGGCUGUGGAGCUUUCGGUGGAAAUUCACAGGCUGCAUCGAAAAAUUUCAAAGAUGGAAGAGGAAAAUCUUGAAAACCAGAGAAAUGUCGAGACCUUGGAAACUUCUCUAUCGGAAAAUGAAACGAAUCUUCGUGUGGCAAAACAGCAGCUACAAAUCUUACAACGCGAGAAAACGGAUUUGCUGGAUCAAAUAAAAAGUCUAAGGUCGCAGUUGGAUGAGACUACCGCGCAAUUCGAAAAUGCGAAAUCAUACGUGCAAGAAGAGAAGAAGGUCAUAGAAACAGUGCUGGAAGAGGAAAGGAGAGCCAAGGAAAGCGCCGAAAAGGCCAGAAGACAGCUUGAAAAUCGUAUGGAAGAGCUUAUGGCAAAGAAAAGCAAGUUUAUGUGCUUCUAG